AUGGAUUUUCCCGAAGACGACCCUUCAUGGCCUUAUGGCCUUGACGACCCCUUUCUUGAACCUUUUGAUCUUGACCUGUCCCCCGGCACGUUGAACGCGAUUCUCGGUGUGACUUCAGAUGGUUCUUCCUCCGACGCUUCUGUCCAAAACUUGCUAGGAGCCGGGCGAGCUGAAAAUUUCGGGAACAGGACAUCCGUCCCGCAAGGCCAGGCCUUCGAUUCAACUCAGCAAUCUGACGACGUUGGAGUUGAUCCGCCGCAACCCACACCGCUUGAUCCUACCCUGAUGAUUCUUGACCUGCAGCUACAGGUUGAGCAGUUAAAUGCCAGAUUGAUUGGAGAAAUGCGGCGGUGGGUGGAGAGCCUACCUCCAUGGAUGAAAGAAGUUAAUGCUGGCCUUGAAAAGCUUGGGGUGCCACCAUCAGCAACACGGUCUGAAUUUUAG